AUGCAGGUAGCACUGAGCUACAACAGCAAAAAUAACAUAUUAAAAGAGAAGGAGAAUUCAUGCGACGUGGAAGAGUUAUUACACAGAGAUAAAGAAAACUUCUCAAUCGAUGAUGACGUGAUAGGAGGAGGUGGAAGCCAAGUGGAACAACAAACACUAACGGAUGGACCUAAAGGCGGCUCAUCGAUAAUAACUCGGCGAUGGGACACGGCUGGACCAUUAACAUCGCCUGCUAAUGAACCUGAUGAGGAACGGUUUAUGGAAGCAGAGUCAGACAGCCAGAACGAGCCAGUCGAAGAGCCUACAUGCGAGCCGGAAGUUUGA